AUGUUAUGUUGGGUUAGUAUAUGUAGAACCUAAAAGGACACCGCUGGGAUGCAUCAAGAAGAAAGGCCGGCCAUGGCCAUGACGCCCUUGGAGGCUGCAAUGACACGAGACUUUCUUGCUGGAACAGCUCAAUCGAAACAGAGGUGCGCAAAGGAAGGAAAGGUAAAGGAGAAAGGAAAAAUCCAUGAGAAGAAGCCAACCACGAUGCAGAAGACAAGCAUGCCAUAUAGAAGACAAGGGGCUUGGCUGUUAUAA